AUGGACUUCCAUCCUCCGUCUUCACCUCGUCAUUUCACCCCCCCGGUUUCGUUGGACUCCUCACUCCCUUCAGUUCGCUGUCGAUCCUCACUCCCUCUGUCCUCACCGUGUCCUUCGGUCCGCGGGAUCACCAUGUUCCUCCAGUCCAGCAUCAUCACCCUGUCUCGUCGGCCCUAUGGCUUCACCCCGGUCUCCUCUCCCAUCUGCUCCGCCCCUGUCAGUCGGCCCCCUGAUGUCGUCAGCCCCGCCUCCGUCUCGUCUCCUCCCUCCAUCGGCUCCACCAUGGCCUGCUCCGCCCUGGUCUCGUCCUCAGCUUGCUCCGCUCUCGCCACGCCCUCAGCCUGCUCCGCCCUGGUCUCGUCCUCAGCCUUCUCCGCUCGGGCCACGCCCUCAGCCUGCUCCACCCUGGCCACGCCAUCGACCUGCUCCGCCCUUGCCACGCCCGCUCGGCCUUCAGCUCGCCCUCCCUCCCUCCUCUGUUCUAUGGCGUGA